AUGGCCAACGGGACCAAUGCCUCUGCCCCAUACUACAGCUACGAAUACUACCUGGACUAUCUGGACCUCAUUCCUGUGGACGAGAAGAAGCUGAAAGCUCACAAACAUUCCAUCGUGAUCGCAUUCUGGGUGAGCCUGGCUGCCUUCGUGGUGCUCCUCUUCCUCAUCCUGCUCUACAUGUCCUGGUCCGGCUCCCCACACAUGAGGAACGGCCCCAAGCACCACCAAACAUGCCCCUGGAGUCACAGCCUCAACCUCCACCUGUGCAUCCAGAAGUGCCUGCUGCGCCACAGGGAACCCCUGGGGACCUCACAGGCUCAGGCAAGCUCAGUGGAGCCAGGGAGCAGAACUGGCCCUGACCAUCCGCUACGACAGGAGAGCUCCUCCACCUUGCCCCUCGGGGUUUUCCAGACCCACCCCACUCUCCUCUGGGAACUGACCCUCAAUGGGGGUCCCCUCGUCAGGAGCAAGCCCAGCGAGCCUCCCCCUGGAGACAGGACCUCUCAAUUGCAGAGCUGAUGUCAGUAAAUCGUGGCCAUAGCUGAGUGAACUGGUGAAAUCAAGCCAACCUGGACACAGAACAUCCUUGUUCUUCUUAGAGGCCGUCUGCAUGUAGCAAAAAGGGCACCUAGGUCAAGUGCAACUAGAGCAGGAGCAUCCUAUGCCUUUGACAAAGAUUGCAGUGGCCCCUCGAAUGCAGAGGUCAUCCCAGGUGUUGCUGAGUUUAUUGAGC